AUGAGCAGAUUCCAAAAAGAAACAAUACGACACGUGCCGCAGACCGAUGAAUCAACGUCCAAAUUCCAAAUGAAUAAAAAUUACAUAAGAGAUUCAUGUACUCGAUGGAUACAAAUUUCAUUAACAUUUCUUUUCUCGGCGUCAGUUAUUCACGAAACUUUUGUGGAACAUUCUACAGCGCACUCAGGAAUCCACAUGAACAAAUCACACAUAGAGACGAAAAAAACACGCGUUCCUCAGCGGAACAAAUCAUUUCGAGCUUGA